AACAAAAACAAAAGCAGAAAUCGAACUCGGAGGAAGCAGAGCAAACCCUGUCUCUUCUGUAUUCUUUCAAUCCCGCAACGAAUUCUCCUGAAAUUUCUUUCCCGCAUCAACGCCCUCCCAAGAUUUUCUCUCCCCUCUUUAUCUGUUUUGCCGAGUCGGUUUUGAACUCGGCAAUCAGUUCGUAGGCCCUUUGUGCUUCGUUCUUGGAACAGAAAUCUGUUUCUUCCCCCUCGAACGAUCGACACCCACCAAGCGAUUUCUCGAAUUUCUUACUUAUCUAUAAGUUUCCUCAACUGGGUUUUUCAGAUAAUGAAGUGGGUACGGAGAAGAUACAGACUCUAGGAGAUAACCUGUAUAUGAGAGAAUUCUGUACUCUGUAAUUGCUGAAUCAAUCAACCGCAAACUUCAUUCAAACAUCUGUUCAUUCCUCUUCUCGUUCUAUCUUACAAAUCUCUAAUAUAUGAAGAAAAAGCGAAGAAACAGAGAGAAAGAACUUUAACGAAGACUCAGAGAAAUCAGAGAUCAAAGAGAUUCGAGUUCUUUGAAAAAAUCAAUUACACCUCCUUCAUCAGUUCUCUUUAAAACCUUUUUAUAUUAAAGCUUAACUUCCCGAACUUCCUUUACAACAGAUUUAACAACUUUUUAUUAACAGAAUGAUUAAUCUUGGCACACGUGUAGCUUCUUCAGUAGCUUGAUCAGCUUCUGUUCCUGGUUUUAAUCUGUUGUAUAACCGGAUCCUUCACAAGGAUUGCCAGCUCAGCUUGGAUUGAGGAUUGCCAGCUCAGCUUUCAGCUUACUUCGAGCUUGCUCUGCUUUGGAUUGUUCAGCUGCUUUGUUCAGCUGCUUUGUUCAGCUCAGCUCCUCUGCUUCUAUCAGCUUCUCUGUUCUGGUUUUGUUUCUUAACAGGUACUGCUUUCUUGAUUGCCCCCAGCUCGAGGAUGUGAGGAUUUCUUGGUUUUGGGGGUCGAAAGAGAGAAAACCAACUCUCGAGUUCUUGAUCCUGCUCUGCCCCCAAUCUGAGAAGGGACAGCGGGAGAGGAUCCAUGUCAACGUUGACUUCGAGCUGCUCUUGGAAGGCCGGGGACGGGGUCUCCAAUCAAUUCCCGGCGGGUCUGCGGGUCCUCGUGGUGGAUGACGAUCCGUCUUGUCUGAGGAUCUUGGAGAAAAUGCUCAAGACAUGCCAAUAUCAAGUGACAACAUGCAGUAGGUCAGAUGUUGCAUUAUCCACGCUUCGAGAUAACAAAAAUGGAUUUGACAUUGUGUUGAGUGAUGUUCACAUGCUGGACAUGGAUGGCUUCAAACUUCUUGAACACAUCGGGCUCGAAAUGGAUCUACCUGUAAUCAUGAUGUCCACCGACGACGGGAAGCAGGUCGUAAUGAAGGGCGUGACCCAUGGUGCUUGUGAUUAUCUGAUAAAACCGAUAAGGAUCGAGGCAUUGAAGAACAUAUGGCAGCACGUGGUUAGGAACAGGAAGAACGAAUGGAAGGAAUCGGAGCUGGAAGAUGUGGAUUACUCAUCUACAGCAAGUGAAGGAAGCUGGAAAAGUGGAAAGAAAAGGAAGGAAGAGGAGGAUGAUGCAGAAGAAAGGGAUGAUUCAUCAACGCUGAAGAAGCCACAAGUAGUUUGGUCCGUUGAGCUUCACCAACAGUUUGUGUCAGCUGUCAAUCAGCUCGGAAUUGACAAGGCUGUUCCGAAGAAAAUACUGGACUUGAUGAAUGUUCCUGGGCUGACAAGAGAAAAUGUUGCUAGCCACCUUCAGAAAUACCGCCUGUAUCUUAAGAGACUCUGCUCGUUGAAUCGGACAGUCUGCUCCUUGUCGAGACUUUGAAUGGACAACGACAGCCGCCAUGGGAGGAGAGGUCUCUGUUCUCCGAAGCUGCCUCUUUGCAUUGCCUUUUCCCAAAUCUCACUCUAACCUAUUGUCGACGCGAAGCAAAUGUGGUAGCCGAUUGGGCUGCAAAGCCCACAAUCGGGCCAUGUUGUACCAGAACUGGGCUGUCUUUCCCCCUUUUUAUCCGAUCGAUCUUGUAUGUGCUGAUGCACUAGCUGCUGGUUGUACUAAGUUUAUCUCUUGAAUAUAGUUUCCAUUAUUUCGACCAAAAAAAAAAAAAAAAAGAGUUUUGGUGUUUGA